AUGUAUGUGAAAUGGUUUGAUACAGUAAUGUUUUACUAUGUGAUUUUAGUGAUUUUUAGAAAAGUCACUUUUUGUCAUUUUCAAAUUUCCCGCCGUUCCGAUGCUCACAGGGGACGGAACCCAGAUGACAGAUGCCGGCAUCCGCCGGAUUACAUUGCCGGGGACACUGCCAGAGGGACAUCGUGGGAGCGCAGGACAAGGUAAGUGACCGAGGGAUCGCGGAGCAGCGCCGCAUGGUAUUCCUGAGUGUAGCUCGGGGUUACCGCUUGUGCUACACUCGGGAAUACCACCAGGGAGGUUA